ACCCUUCAACACUUCUUCCGGUUCCGGAGGCUUGACGCGGGAAACCGGCGAGUAGAAGAAGAGCUCGAUCAUCGAAGUUAUCUCUGUGUUUACAUCAAAUAUCCUCACCUCCGGGAAACACGACUAUUGUUAUUUAUAAAGUCGCUGUUCACCCAAAAGAUGGGAGACACUCUGGAGUUUAAUAACAUUCACACUGAGGUGAAGGGAUCUUGGGUAGGGUCUCUGCUGUCGUUUGAUGUGAGCGACAGUCCCGUCUUCGAGAUCCCGCUGUCCGGCGUAUCCCAGUGUGCAACGGGGAAGAACGAGGUGACGGUGGAGUUUCAUCAGAAUGACGACGCGGAGGUGUCUCUCAUGGAGGUCCGCUUCUAUGUCCCGCCCAACACCGGAGACGACGGCUCGGACCCUGUGGAGGCGUUCGCUCAGAAUGUUCUGUCGAAGGCAGACGUCAUCCAGGCUACUGGAGACGCUGUGUGCGUCUUUAAAGAGCUUCAGUGCCUUACACCGAGAGGAAGGUAUGACAUCCGUAUCUACCCAACCUUCCUGCACCUGCACGGGAAGACGUUUGACUAUAAGAUCCCCUACACCACCGUCCUGCGGCUCUUCCUGCUGCCGCACAAGGACCAGAGGCAGAUGUUCUUUGUGAUCAGUCUCGACCCGCCCAUUAAACAGGGUCAGACGCGCUAUCAUUUCCUCAUCCUCCUCUUCUCCAAAGAUGAAGAGCUCAGUCUUGCUCUGAACAUGAGCGAGGACGAGGUGGAGAAGCGUUAUGAAGGCAAGCUCAGUAAGAACAUGUCCGGGCCGCUCUAUGAGAUCGUCAGCAGGGUCAUGAAGGCUCUGGUCAACAGGAAGAUCACGGUGCCCGGAAACUUCCAGGGUCGUGUUCAUGGCAUGAAAGGUGCAGACGGCUACAGCGACUCUGAUGAAGACCAGCAUGACGCUUACCUGGAGAGAAUGAAAGAAGAGGGCAAGAUCAGAGAGGAGGGAGACGGCAGCGACGAAUCCGAGGGCGAUAGCGACGAGUCUUUCAACCCUGGAGAAGAGGAUGACGACGUCCCAGAAGAGUAUGACAGUAACGCUUCGGAGAGCGACAGUGAGGCAGACGAUGGAGACAGCGAGGAAGAAAGCAAGAAGAAAAAACCUGAAAAGAAGCCCAAGAAAGUGGUGAAGGAGAAGAAAGAGAGGAAACCACGGAAAGAGAAGAAGGUGAAGGACCCCGGGGCUCCGAAGAGGCCGAUGAGCGCUUACAUGCUGUGGCUGAACGCCAGCCGAGAGCGAAUCAAGAGUGAGAAUCCUGGGAUAUCAGUCACUGAAAUCUCCAAGAAGGCUGGAGAAAUGUGGAAACAGCUGAGCAAAGACCGCAAAGAGAAUAUUUUGUUGUCCCUGCUUUUUGUUGACACAGUCAUUGCUUGUGCUUUCAGAGAAAAGAAGAAGAAAGGAGGGAAGGUGGAAGCUAAGAAGAAGAGUGGAGGAGAAAAGGAGACAAAGGAAGGUGGAAACGAGAGCUUUAAGAGUAAAGAGUUCAUCUCCAGCGAGGAGAGCUCGUCUGAAUCUGAUCACGACAGAGGCAGCAAACGCAAGGCUUCUGAUGAUGAUGAAGAAGCCGCCUCUACACCCGCCAGCUCAGAGGAAGAGUCGGGAUCUGACUGAAGAGCACUGACAGCACAGAGACAUUUCCACAUCUCAGGUUUCACAGUCAAUAGCUGAUGCUUACUCGGACCAAGACUUUCUACUUCACAUUUCUACACCUAUUUUUCCAUUCAGACUGAGAACCUGGAAAUAGACGGGUAACAUUUUCCCCUCCUUUGAGAGCGUCAUCAGUAAAGCUCUCAGAUUUUAUUUUUUUCAGUAGACAGACAUAAUUCAGGGAAGUGUGGAUAAGAUCUACUUGUAGAUGGUUUUGCCCUCUUUUUAUUUUCUAUUUUUUGCCUUUUUCUCUAAAAUGGUAAGACUGCACUUCAGUAAAUGUUUUGGUUAUUUCGAUAACAUGUUUUGUACUUCAAGCUAUCAAAAUGUUCAUCACUGUUUUGCAAUAAAAGUUCAGUGAGUGA